AUGGUCCGCCAAUUCAAACACCACGAGAAGAAACUCCUCCGGAAGGUCGACCUCCACUCCUACAAAUCCGAUGGCGGCCACCGCGAACACGAGGUGACGGCACGGUACCACCUCCAACCGAUGGACUACAAAAAGUACAACGCUCUGUGCGGUGGGCUCCGCCAGCUGGCGCACAAGCUCUCGCAGCUGGACCCGGACAGCGACCCGACGCGCAAGAAGAUCGAGUCGGAGGUGCUGGACAAGCUGUGGCGCCUGGGGAUCCUGAAGCAGAGCCGCGAGCAGGGGGCGGGCCUGUCGCGCGUGGAGCGCGAGGUGACCGUGUCGGCGUUUUGUCGGCGGCGGCUGGGGGUUAUCAUGGUGCGGACGGGGAUGGUGGAGAAUAUCAAGACUGCGGUCACGUUUAUCGAGCAGGGCCAUGUGCGGGUCGGCAGCGAGGUCGUCACGGACCCGGCGUUCCUGGUGACGCGCAAUAUGGAGGAUUAUGUCACCUGGGUGGACAGCAGCAAGAUCAAGCGGAAUAUCAUGCGGUACCGGGAGAAGCUGGAUGACUUUGAUCUGCUGUGA